AUGGGUGCAGCCGGCGACAUCAGAGCUCGUCUGCGAGCAAAAUUCUCCCGACGAAAUUCGGCUGCCCCUUCACUGACGUCCACCAACGGCACCAACGGCGAUGCACACAGCUCGCUCACGCGGCAAUCCUCGGCCGCGGGAACCGCCUCGAGCUCUCAGAACCAACACCAAGACCUCCACCAGCCCCAGCCACAGCCACACCUAUCCGUACUUGGACAGCCCCAGCAGUCCCGGUCCUUGCCACACACGCCAUGCCCCGGUAGCCCUGAACCUGGCGCUGAACACCCGCUAUCCGUACAGCUGCGGCAGAGACUGACAGCAGCUGGAAGCCCCCAUGAUCGAGAAGACGAUGCCCAACCGGACGGCGGCGACCUUGACCUUGACCAUCCUUCACGACUCACGUCGCUGCUUCAACCUCGGCCAAAACACCAACAUGACGACCAGAGCAGCAAUGCUGACCACGCCAGUGCGCUUCACAGCAGCACAACGUUGCUGACCAUUGGUUCCACCGAGAACGGGGAUGAACAACGGCCCAGAGACACUACUACUGAAGACCUCCAGCUGGAAGAAGACGACAUGGACCACAAGCCACACCCCAACGCCGACGCCGACUUGGCGCCGCCUCCCGCGCCUGACCGACGUCUGGCGAGCCAUGUUGAACCGAUAGGAAACGAUCUGCGCUCACCUACAACUUCUACUUCAACUGCGACCGCAACUAGCAGCAACCUCCCAAGCAUCAACGAAGACCAGACCCUGCCCGCUCAACUCUCGUCGUCGCAAUCGGCCGCUCCCGACGACAAAAAGCAGCACCUGCAGCACCCCCAAACAACCCUGCCGCUGCAGCCGCCGCCUAAAACUGGCGCCGCUCCUGUUGUUGUCGUCGAAUCCGACCUUGCCCUUCACCACAACAUCGACCAUCUCGACCCCCUCAGCUAUGCCAUAGGCACCCCGACGCCUCUUGCAACUACCAUUCCGCUGACUUCGCCCACCUCGCCUCGCCCAGACGCUCCUUUCCGCCGACAGAGCCUCCUCCCCAACCGCCAAACGACACUAAUCCGCACCCUGCUCGACGCUGCGCAUUCGAACCACGAAGUCGACCCGUCCAUCGCCGAAUCGCUGCUUCCCAUCAACGGAAACAUGGUGACCCGAAAAGUCUGGGUUAGGCGUCCCGGCGCCUCUCCCACUCUCAUCACCAUCAACGAAGAUGACCUGGUCGACGACGUGCGCGACAUGAUUCUGAGAAAAUAUGCCAACUCCCUCGGCAGGCAUUUUGACUCUCCUGACCUCACGUUGCGCAUUUGCCCGCGGGAGCAAAGGCAGGAUCGCCUCCUUGGCCCGGAAGAGCCAAUGGGUCGGACCCUUGACGCAUACUUCCCUGGCGGACAGACUGUCGACGAAGCCCUGGUCAUCGACAUACCGACUCGCCGUACACCGAGACCAUCUCCUCGCGUCCCGACGCAUGCCACCGCCGUCUACUACCCCGACGAAGUCAGACCCUCCGAGGCCGGGGAAGGUUACUUUCCUCCCGUCGCCGUCGGAGCUCUGCCCUCCCCAAACCUGCCUGUGCCCGUCGUGGCUCCCGUCACCGCUGUCCCGGCGCACACGGCUCACCCCGCCCAUCCCGUUCACGCACAUGCCCCCCAUGCACACUCCAUUGCCGUACUGGGCACCGGCCAAAUACCGCCGAUACCCUCGCCGGGAGGCACGCGUUCCAGGGCGUACAGAGAACGACCCGAACGUCCGCGAUUGGGAAGAACACACACGUCUUCCCCCACCAUACUCAACACCGCCAAUGCUCAGUCCAUGGCUGCCGCCGCUGCCGCCGCUACCGGCAAUCACCCCUCACACUCAUUUCAUCCGAGACUGCCACCUUCUAGAACGCAUUCAAAUGCAUCAGAACAGUCGGCGGCAGCCCCGGUUCCGCCGCCGCUCCCAACGCCUCCCGCCCCCGAAGUGCAGCAAGUUCAGCAGAGGGUGGCGACCCCUCCGCCGAGGGUUGCGUCUCCCCGGCCUUCAAGUUCUCGACCCAAGAAGACGAAGAAGGUCAUAGACCAUCCAACACUACCGGCCGGCAUACUCAACGGCGGAGUGCCGCCCAUCAAUGUCUUGAUCGUGGAGGACAAUCCAAUCAACUUGAAGCUGCUAGAAGCUUUCGUGAAGCGUCUGAAAGUCAGAUGGAAGACGGCCGUCAACGGUCGAGACGCGGUCUCUAUGUGGAGAACUGGCGGUUUCCAUCUUGUCUUGAUGGAUAUUCAGCUUCCCAUCAUGAGUGGUUUGGCUGCCACCCGAGAAAUCCGGAGAUUGGAGCGGGUGAACUCGAUCGGUGUUUUCUCCUCGUCCGCAUCCAGUGUGCCGGAGUCUUCCAACGGCGAGCUGGAAGAGAAGGACCGUUUGACAAACAUGGAACUUUUCAAGAGUCCUGUUAUCAUUGUUGCCCUGACUGCCAGUUCUCUUCAGAGCGACAGACACGAGGCUCUGGCGGCCGGUUGCAAUGAUUUCCUCACAAAGCCAGUCAACUUUGUUUGGUUGGAGAGGAAGGUCAUGGAAUGGGGCUGCAUGCAAGCCCUGAUUGACUUCGACGGCUGGAGGAGAUGGAAGGAUUUUUCCCAGCGAAACGAUGAGACAGACGCAGCCAAGAAGUCUGCCGCUCUGAAGACUAAGGCGAAGAAGAAUCGACUCUCGAUGACGGCUUCCGUGCCAGCAUGA